AUGGAAGAAUCAAAAAAUAUUGAUUGUGUUAUAAACAAACUUGAACUGCCACUUAUCGUUGUAAUUGUUUAUCCUCCUCAAUGAUUUUCAAAUGAAGACAUUGAAACUAUAGCUUCAAUCAUUCAUCCGACUGAAAUAACCUAUUCAUGAAAUCCAAGGAUGUCUAUAACCGAAGGGUUAAGGCUUUGCUUAAUUUCUCAUAGAGUUAGAAUUCCUCAAGAUCUGAAUUUAAAGUGCUUAAUGGUGUAUUGUGGUAUUAAUGAUGAAGGGGUAAAUAAGUCAGAAGAAAGCAUUAGAAAUUUUGUCUCAGUUAAAUCAAAUGAAGUUCCUUCUUAUGCGUUGCCUUAUAUGAAAUGCGAGGAUAUUCGCUCAAAACUGGUACAACUUAUAUCAUGCUGAAGAGAAGAUAUAGCACUUUUAAAUUCAAAAUACCCAAAUAAUGUGAUUGCUGCAGACUACUUAAAGCCACAGGAAAUUGGACAAUUAAUUUUAUCUAAAUUUUUAAUGAAAAAUCCCCAAACUAUAAAUAAUCCUAGAAAAGGAUGCUAUCUGAUUAUGCCAUUAGGGAUUCCAGGUAUGGGAAAAUCAAGCUUGAUCCCUGUCCUUCAAGAAGUUUUGCAUAGUAUAAGUUUUACCUUAACCGUUAUAUCUCCUGACACAAUAAGAGCUGAAAGUAUCAACAAGCAGACGAACACUGAAUUUGAUUAUAAUUUUGAUUAUAAUAACAAAAAUACCAGGACUCUUUUGUUUAAAAGACUAAAAGAUGAAAUUUACAAAAAUGUACACAAUCAUGUAAUUUUCCUAGAUAAAAAUCAUUCACCAAAAUCACUCGAGAUGGUUUAUAAAGAAAUAAAAAGAUUUUCCAAUGUCAACUUUGUCUGUUUAGUUCCUAAAUGCAACUCUCCAUAUUCUAUACAAAACUCGAGAAAAAUUUAUAGCUAUGAAUUUUCGAUUUCUUUUCUGAUACAAUGCUUAAUAAGAAUAAGAGAUAGACUUAUCCAUGAGACGUUAAGAGGACCUCUUACUCUGAUAUGCAAAAUAAAUUUAUAAAAGAUUUUAAUAUAUAGUGAUAAUCAUUAUAAUGUAAUUUUUCAUUAAUUUUGUUGAAUUUUUAAGCAGCUUGAAUUCUAAAGCCUCAAUUUUACUUAAAAAUUUCGAAAAAACCAAAAUUUUGUUAUAAAAAUUUAUAAAAUUUGAAAAACAAAAUUAAUCCCUUCAUCAUCGGGAUUAGUGAGAAAAUUUCAAUAGUUCUAAAGAUGUACAAUAUUUUUAGGAAUUUUCCAUUACAAGAAUGCUUAAAAUUUGGCGAUUUAAUGCAAAUUCCUUUCACAGACGAGUCUUACACAGAAAUUGAUCCAAUGCUAGAAAACCUGAUAAAUUACUUGCUUUUAUCAUUCUCUCCAGAAGAGAAGCCAGAUCUUUCUAGACUUCAAGAUCUUACCAAUGCAAUCAUGUGCGCAAGCUUAUCAUUUCAACACGUAAGCCAGCAUGAAUUUGUAUUAAAUGAAUUUAAAAGAAUAUUUAACUUGUAG